CUAAGAAAAUGUACGCGUCACGCGACCCCUCUGCUCGCCGUUUUGAAAUUUGAACUUGAAAUCCCUUGGGGAGAAGAUGCAACGGCCUAUCUGCUUUGCUAUUGGAUCCAUCUGCGGGCCCCAUGUGACUCAGCCCGACUGCAACCGCAUCACGAGGCGGGUAGGCGAGUGGGUAAUGUUGGACUUUGAAGCAGAUGUUAGGUUCGCGACGUGCACAUAUAUAUACGCACAAUUCUUUUGCCGUCUCUCUACGGGAAUUUAGGGUUCCUUUUUCUCUCUCGCUCUUUCAAGCCGUCUCCGCCAAAGCCAAAUCCAAGAAGAGAAGCCUCGCAUUCCAAUUACAUAUACUUCAGUCGGAUGAUGCAUUGGCGCAGUCCGCAGUUCGCAUCUUCCUCUCUGCCCUCGGCCGCGAUCGUCUUCUGCUUCUUUUGAUGUUGUUUCAUCCUUUGGAAUGGAAGAAGCACCAGCGGCCGCAGCAGCCUCUGUCGAGGUUAGCUCGAAAUCUCGGAGUGCUUGGUUUCUUGAUGUGGAUGACGAUGGGUAGUGGCCGCCCGAUGAGUGAGUGAGUUGUCUUUUGCCUUCUUGUUCUUGCGAUCCCUUUUGUGGAAUCGGGUAGCUUCGUGGAGACUUGCUGGUUUUGACCACCUACCCAAUUAUGUGGCGUCCGCCUUCGUUUGGAGAACACUUUCCUUCCUUUUUCUUUUCCUGCGUGCAAGAAGCCGUAAUGAACCGUCCAGGAUAUGGAUGUGUAUUGCCUGUAUCCAAGAUGUUGAUCAUGUACUUGCAGAUGGACCGAUCGGACACAUCUUGCAGUUGCUCGCAUUGUGUUGGGGGAUCGCGGUUACAGUGCCGUGAAUUGUUUUGGAACUUCAGUCCUCAUCAUACAAAGCAGGAAGAUUUUGGUGGUUCUGCUCUAUCCUACCAGUUAAAAUGCCCAAGGAAAGGAGGUCACGAUCUCUGUCAUUUGAACGGCGAUCCCGUGCAUCACCUUUUCCAUCUACUUCUUCCUCACGUAUCCAAACUGAUUCUGUGGAGUCGGCCAAGGACAUUAAAGAAUGGGAGGAGGUUCGUUGCCCUGUGUGCAUGGAGCACCCCCACAAUGCUGUUCUCCUUCUAUGCUCCUCACAUGACAAUGGUUGCCGUCCGUUCAUGUGUGACACUAGCUAUCGUCACUCUAAUUGUCUGGAUCAGUACCGCAAGGCCUUCUCUGGAUCUAAGUCACUCCAGGAUAAUGGUGAUGCACAACAGCCAGCUAAGCUUUCAUGCCCUCUUUGUCGAGGGCUAGUCACUAGUUGGACAGUCAUAGAGCCAGCUCGCAAAUAUAUGAAUGCUAAGACUCGUAGCUGCUCUAUGGAGUCAUGUGCAUUUAGUGGUGUUUAUGGUGAGCUAAGGAAGCAUGCAAGGAAAGAGCAUCCAUCUGUGCGGCCAUCAGAGGCAGAUCCUGAUCGACAGCAAGACUGGAGAAGGAUGGAGCGACAGCGGGACCUUGGAGACCUGCUCAGCAUGUUUCGUUCAUCAGUUACCAGAGAGGAAGAUGGGUUCUACAUUAAUGAGGAUGAUGAAGAGGCUAAUGGCAGCGUCUUCAUAUUUCCCUCGGUCACUAUGCUUUUGGUAGUGCAUGUGCGUCAAGCUGGAGGUAGCGAUACUGGUCGUUCAUCUCUGCCACAGUCUUCUAGACCAAGAACCUCUCUGCAGGAUUCAUCAAGGGGUCAAAGGGGAAGCAGAGUGAUACUAUGGGGAGAGACCUUAAGCAAUUCAACAUCUGUUGGGAGAACGAGCCAUGGCAAUGGAGCUAUUGGCGAUGGUGGAUCUGAUGAGACAGAUGCAGCUUCUCAACAGAACCAAGAAAGGCAGUGACGGCAGUUCCGGAUGUUGGAUGAUGAUGGUGUAUCUUGAUUCUGGUUUUCCUUUUCACGUUUGAAGCGCAGCUAGUUUCUGUGCACUUGUCAUUGGACUAUGAUCAAGAUGAUAGAUGAUUGUGAUGCAUUGUGAUGUUAAUUCUUUGUGUAGCCUUUGAAUCUCUGAACUGGCUGCUGCAUGCGCACAGCUCAUGGUUAAUCACUGCUGCUUUUACCGCAGCAAGCAACAUUCACAGAUAUUGUAAAGUUGUUCAUAUAAUCCGUUGUUCUGGAA